AUGCUGUCCAAAACUUUAUUCAUCAUCGCUUCUGCCACACUGGCUAGCUGCCAAUUCGACCCGUCAUCGGUCCCCUAUGCCACCAGAGAGGCUUGGUGUAACUCUCAAACAUCUGCGUGUCCCCUGCUUUGCCUCCAGAUAUCAGGAGCAUCCGGGUCGCCAACAUCCAACAACUGCUCAGCUACCACACUUGACUACGACUGCUUAUGUAGCAAUGGCAUAACUCCCAAUGCCACAGAAUACUCUCAAACGAUCCCCUACUACACCUGCACCGAGGCCAACAACCAAUGUGUCUCCAAAUGCAGUGGUGAUUCCAACUGUCAAUAUGAUUGCCGCACAAAGAACCCCUGCGGAGCUCAAGACCCCAAGAGGGUCAAUGCGACCAAUACGACCGCCACGGCUGCGGCAACUACUGCGACACAAACACCGCUCAAUACGGGCUCAACCGGUGCCGGAUCACGGAUGGCUGAUAUGAGCCAUGUCUACGGGCUAUGCGUUGUUGUCGGUGGAGUCGUGGCCGGCAUGGCUACCCUUCUGUAG